AUGCCACGAGGACGAAAGCGUGUUCCUGGGGGCGGCGGCCGGCAAUCCAGCAACUAUCAGCGAGAAGUGGAGACGUAUCUGAAGAGGCUUGAGCGUGAAAAUAAACGAAAACGCAUUUAUGAAUGGCUGAAAGACCGGGAGCAUAUUGAAUCCGUGUGUUCGUCGUCAGUGAAAGCUGGACUAAAAGUAAUCCGGAAGGUUGGCACUGCAACGACAAUUUCCACAGCGGGAGAAGAGGCUCUGAAAGAGUGGGUGCUCUCGUUGCGCGAGGAGGGCGUCCCCGUGUCACGAUUGAUGCUGCAGCUGAAGCGCCAAGGGCUGCGAAUUCUCGCCAAGACGAGGCCGGGACAGAAGAAGCCGGCGGAUGUGGAGGCAGACGCAAAAGAAUUUUGGAAGAAUGUUGCUCAAGUCGAAGAGGAGCUUGGCGUCGAAAAGGUUUACAACGCAGACCAGAGUGGAGUGUGUUUUGAGUAUGUACCGAAGCAUACUAUCAGUGAAAAGGGUGCUAAGACUGUAUGGGUGCGAUGUGGAGGCAAGGACAAAGAGCGCCUCAUCGAACGGGUUUAA